AUGGAAAGCUGCUCGCCUUGUGGCGCCUCGACCGUAAGCAGAGCAAUAUCCGGCGGGUCCUCGAGUUCACUAAGCUUGGAGGAUUAUGAUCAAGGAAUCUUCAAUUACGAUGGCAUGCCUCCACGAGAAGCACCGCACGAUGAGGAACGGAUUGUUGGCAUCAAAACUUUCGUGGACUCCACCGGGGCCAAGGCGCAUCGUAUGGAACCCAACUCAAUACUAAGGGACGACCUCCGCAAACAGCAAUGCAUGCGCAGCUCUUUAGCGGCUCGGUGUUCACGACAGUACGGCAGCGGUGGUGUUGGUUUGCCACCAUGCCCUCUGCUUCCUGCCUCGUACCGUGCGCGUAUGGUUGGCUGGAUGCGGGAGGUGUCUGUGGCCCUGGGCCUGCAGCUGUCCACGCUUUUCACGGCCACAUCCGUACUGGACCGGUUUAUAGCUGCAUCUGAGGUGCGGAUGUACGGCAGGGAGGUUCUUCCCCCCGAGGGGUUGCUGCAGCUGGUCACGCUGGCCAGUAUGUCAGUGGCAGUCAAGUACGACGAGGUGCAUAUGCAAUGCGCCACGUCACAAGCCGUGUCACAAGCCGUGUGGCUGAGCUUGGCCGUCAAUCCCGAUGGCAAGCAACUCUACUCGGCCCGAGAUCUGCAGCGGUGCGAGUUCACGUUGCUGCAAACCAUCAACUGGCGCCUGCACCAACCCAACACCUACACCUUCCUGGAACACUUCCUUACAUGCCUAUCGCCCGUUCGCUGUAAAAUGUAUAUAUAUGUAUAUAUGUGUGUAUAUACAUAUAUAUUACAUGUAUAUAAUGAAUACGUCAUGUGGCAUAAUUUUGUUCACGUGCAGGAGGCAUCUCUUCUUGAUGGGGCUCUUCUGUCGUACGAUCACAGCGCAGUCGCGAUGGCGUGCAUUGUACUGGCGGAGCGCGUCACGUUCAGCGACAGCAAGGGCGGCAGCAGCAGCAGCAGCAGCGCCUGCUCCGGUGGCGGCGGCGGCGGCGGAUCGCCUGUACGGAUGCCCGCAUCGGGCUCUCAUGUGGCUCCGAAGGGGACGGCUACCGGCUUGGGUGGUGACUGCGCCGCUACCUUAGCCGCCGUAACCACCGCCGCUGGUCUUCCAUUGCCUGUUCUGGCUCCUUGUUUAGUGAGCUGCAUGACGGCCCUGGAGGGUUACUACCAGCAGCUCAAGGACGCAGCAGCCGCGGAGGCGGCGGAGGCGGCGGCUUAG